UCCAGUACAGUAUAGAUUCCUCUUGAAAAGCUGCCGGAAUCUGCUUCCCACUCGCAGUCUCCUGGGUUCUUUUACUAGAUUAUUAUCCACAUCUUCUCAAAAACCUCUCCAAAUUGCCCCACACAGGGAAAAACGAAGGCUUUCCUCUCGAAUCCAGGCACAAGCUGUUGAAGUCCAAAAUGAGUCUAGCAUGUCUUGUUUGUCGUAGCAUGGAAAGUCCAUCACCAUCACACUCUUUCAGAAGUUACUCUGUUUCAAGUUCAGAUCAUGAGGGAAGAUGUUCUGCUAUUGCCAACUGCUUAAACAGGAAAUCAUCUUUUGCACGUCCUGCAAUUGUAUCUUCAUCUUCCAAAGUUACCCCACAACCUACUGUAUCAAUGCCGGGGACGCCGAGGCUUGUUCGAAGCCGAGCAGUGAGGAGGGAUCUUGUGAGAGACUGGAAUUUUGAUGGAGCAACAAGUGAACUAUAGCUGGUAGAACAAAAAUCAAUGUCUCAUCUUAUGAGAUAGUUUUAGAUUAAAUCUGGAUGCUUAUGAUUUUACAAUGGAUUCAAUUGAUUUGAAUUGAUAGUUUUAGAGGAUUGGUGGGACUGGGGACUGAGAUCAUUGAAUCCAUUGGUCAUAUGUAAUAUUUUGCUGUCAUUCCCAUAUAAUGCUUUCCAGGAUCUUUUCUUGAGGGUAGCUCGUCAUCUAAAAAAGUCGAAAUAUUUGUAACCAUGUGUAACAAUUAAUUACGAUGCAAUCCAUUUGGAAAUAUGCACGAAGAA